AUGGCGUACGAUCAAAAGAGUGAUUUGAUUGAAAUUUUAGUAGCAGAUUCAGCAGCUUUUUUAAAGAAUGUUCCGUUGCAAAAGAUGGCAAAGAAUAUUUACACCAUCAACGAAGUUGUUGGUGAAAUAAAGAGUCCUGCAGUUCGCCAGAGAUUGGCGGUUUUACCUUAUGAAAUAUCCUUUCGUUUACCAUCCAGUGACUCGUUACACGUGGUAUCUGAGUUUGCAAAGAAGACUGGAGAUUUUCAAAGUCUUUCUCUUGUUGACCUGAAAGUUUUGGCCCUGACAUAUCAGUUACAUAAAGAAAAAUGUGGGAUUGACGGCCUAAGAUCAGAGCCAACAAAACAGGUGGAAGUGGUUAACAAAAGUGUACAAGGCAAUGUUCCUGGGUUUUAUGUUAAAAACGAGAACCACCAGGAAACUGCUGAAGAUUGUAAAGAAGAAUUGUCAACAGAUGCCAAGGAAGUAAAUUUAGUCAAAGAUAUGAAGCAAUGCUCAUUUGAUAACGAGGUUGCUAAAGAAGAGAAAGUUGUUGACAAGAAUAUAGUUGAAAAUAAACUGGAGAAUAUAAAAAAUAUAACUGAUAAUGUGGUUGAUCAAAAAGAGAAUGUAAAUAAAAAUGAGGUGGAUGUACAGAAAGAUGAAGAUGAGCAUAAUGGUGAUACCAAUGAUAAUAAUGAAGAGCAAUCAAUUGAUAAUGAUGAUGAUCAAACUGAACUUGAUGGUCAUGAUAACUCCGAGGAUCACCAUAGCAACAGUGACGACAGCUAUGAUGACGACGAUGAUGAUGACGAUGGUGGGGAUUGGAUCACACCGGAAAAUAUAGGUCAAGUGAAAGCUGAUUACGGUAUUUCGGAAGCACAAUCUAAACCUGUAAAUAUUUCAGUUGGUUGUCUGACUACAGACUUCGCCAUGCAGAACGUUCUCAUUCAGAUGGGCUUACAUGUUAUAUCAGUGGAAGGAAUGUUGAUUAAGGAGGCUCGAAGCUAUGUCCUUAAGUGUUACUCCUGUUUUAAAGUCACAUCUCAGAUGCAACGGAUGUUUUGCCCCAAGUGUGGCAAUCGUACAUUGGUAAAAGUAUCCGUCAGCGUCAAUGAAGAAGGCGUCACGCGUUACCACAUGCCGAAAAGAAACAGACCUUUCAAUAUCAGAGGAAAGAAACAUCCUCUGCCGUUACCAAAAGGGGGCAGGCACAACAAUAAUCCGUUGUUGUUCGAGGACCAGCUCAUAAGUCAGCGACGUCUACCGAAAUCGAAGGAUAAAGUGAACGUAUUGGACGAAGACUACGUCGCUCGUUCUUCGCCAUUCACCGUAAACGAUACGACGAGCCGAGCCUUCAAUUUAGGAUUUCAUGUUCGCGGACAGAACAAAAGGAAUCCGAACGAAGCGAGAAAAAAAACAAGACGAAAGAAAUAGCGUUGCAUUUUCUUCUGAGACGGAGGGUAUGACGAUAAUAUUCGUAGCUUGUUAAUGCUUUUACAUAAUAGCUAUACACGCGCUAUUUAUGAUCCAGUCUUUAAUCCGAUUGGUUGAAUCCCUUGCGGAAUAUCAGCUUUAUAUUCUCUCGCCCCUCCGGCAGGAAUCAAACCUACAUCCUGUGCGUUGCCUGUGCACUGCUUUGGCCCCUGAGCAACGAAGAAAACUGCCAAUAGUGUACGUGAAAUUCGUGUAUAUAAAAGGUAAUGGGGAUACAUAGAGGAAAGCUCUCUUAUGUAUUAUUUACCUUUACCUAAUUUCACAUGAAACAAUUAGAUCAUCGAAAAUUAAGUGAAUAUAAUUAAAAUGAUUUUUAUAGA